AUGGUGAAGCGUCUGCCGAGUCCCAUGAAGUCGUCGCGAGCCUCGAAUGAUCACAUACAUGCCUGGUUGAUAAGUGUAGAGGCCCUAUACUCAUCGCUUAACAUCACGGACAGCUUCCCAGACUUCGGAAACGUCAGCCUCGAGUUCGUGAGGCUGCUACUAAUGGCAUGCGACCUGAAGAUCAACAUUCGCAAGCGCGCAGUGGGGAGCUUCUUUGAAUGGGAUCAGCUGGACCAAGCGGUCGGUGGACAGCACAACCCUCUAGGCACCAAGAUCCAUCAGCAGACCCGCAAAGCAAUUGCAAAGCGUACGCCCGCCCUCAAGACAGUGAUCCGCAAGUUCAAUCGCUAUUGCAAGAGCCUCAAAGAACUCAAACAGCCGGAGUGGACCAUCACCCUACCCCUUCCACUUCCCACUGACCUUGACGCCCUCCGCGACGAUGCCAGCCUCCUUGCCGAUGUCUGGAUUGACCCCUCACAAGCUCAAGCCCCCCGAUGGCUCGAAGACGUCGACAUCCGCAAGGACCACACUCGCGUCGAGAUGGUCAACAGCGCCCUCGGCGAUCCUCAAGUGUAUGCAUGGCCAUUCGUCAUCGAGACUCCCCUCCCUUACAUCAUCCAUCAAGAUGAUACAGACCCCUACAGGCGUCUGGAGGAGGAGGAACCAUCAUACCUCGAGGCAGAACAGCAUCUGGUGGAGGACGUCUUCCUGGACAACGCUAGUGGCGACAAGGGGCCCCCUGAGGAUGCAAGGUCUGAGGCAUCUGUCAUGACGAUAACCAUGACAUGGGAGACUCCAAUCCAUGUCUCCAUCGAUGACGCUCCCCACUUCCUGCAAGCCAUGGCCCCGGUCCUCUCGCAAUCGUUGCAAAGCAACGUCCACCUCGAUGUGUCAGACAUGAGUCGCCUGCAGAACCGGAGUGCGUGGAUGAAUGAUAGCUGCAUCAACGCAUGCAUGCAGCUCCUCCAACUCGUCUUCCUGGGUCCAGGAGUGCGCGCGGAUGCCGGCGAUGCGACCCUCUGGCGCAAUGCGGCAAGCACACGUUUCUGGGAGAAGGAUGUAUGGACAAUCCCGAUCCACUACGAGGACCAUUGGAUGCUGGCGACCAUUGACAUUCCCCGGUCGCGCGUUGCCUACUUCGACAGUUUUGCCCGGGAGCAUCCAUGGGAGGGUCAUAUUCAGGACGUCAUGCAGCUCACCGCGUGCCUGCUCAAUAUUGCAGCAGAUAAGGGUCAUCGCAUUGUCCACGCGCAACGUGCAUGGGCCGUGUAUCCGACCACGCACGUCAGCACAACACAUAUAACUGCGGCGUAUGGAUACUGGCCAUCAUCGCGGCAGUUUUGCGUGGGUAUAACAUGA